ACGGUCGUAAACUGCCAAAGCUGUCGUGACUAUGUUUGCGCUGUCAUUUCCGCUGCGCUAAUAUUAAAACUUUGCUGGAGACUUUAAAUCUACUUUCCACUAAGAUGCUUUUCUUACAGACGUCAGGGUAUCUGCGAUGAUCUGAAAACGUUGUUUAAGCUUCCAGCAUCCCAGCUGUACAUGGAAGUUUGAGGAUGACUUGCAGGCAGAGAGGCUCUAACCUCAGAGAAUAUGUAUCCCGUAACCCUCCAGGGGCAACUUUCUUCCUGUGCCUCUUAACUCUUGCAUUGUCAUUCAUCGUUCUCAGCUCUUACAGCAACUCUCACACGCUACCUAACCCUGACAUAGCACAGGACUGGAAUACACUACUUUCAUCCCUCUCAAAGUUUUAUUUGUGUGAGAAGGAAAAUGCAAGUUCUCCAGUCCACGCAUUCCCAAUAUCGCUACUGCGGACAACGCAGGAAAAGGAUAAAAAAACAUCAGUAAAUACAACAAGGCCUCUUUCUUCUGUCACUGUUUUGCAUCUCCGUGUUCCUCUGACGGUGACAUCCUCCUCACCAAGUGCCAUGCUGACAGACAUUGGUUUGUCCACAACAAUAACAGCCCGUCAGCUUAAUCUUGGAGACAAAGACCUUGUUAAUUUGACAUUUGAGAUCUCAUCUGAAGACAGUAAACACAUAUGCCUCUCUAUAAGUGCUCCAACAUACAUCCUACCAAUGACUCUCCUCCCUCCAGAGUGCUCUACAUCCGAGACAAAUAUUUCAAGCGUUCCUGUGGAAGUGACCGAUCAGCUGCCAGCCUCAUCUCAAACCUUCUACAGUCUGUACUUUCAGAACGACCCUGCACUGACAGUCAUGUUAACACUGGAAGAGCAAAGUGUGGCGGUGCGACAUCUGGUUGAAGUCAGCGCGUGUCUGCUUGGUAUUUGUUUGAUUCUCUCUUUAGCUGCAAGCCUGAAAAAUGCAGCCGCAUACCGCGACUAUCUUAAAGGACAAGACUUCCAAAGUGAGCCCUUGAUUGAAAGCUGAAGAAGUGUCCUGCACAGUAAAGAAAUUAUCCGGUGGAUGAAACAGACCAAAACAUGCCAACACUUUUUAAUUCCCCAUCUCCCCGGUUUCACAACACACCAGUUUACAUAAUGUAGUUUGAAUUCAGAAUUGUUUAUUGCUGCUCACCAUGUAACAAUGGUGCUCUGAUGUCCUAAAUAAAGUAUUUAUAUAAAAGCUUUAA